UAAUACACCUGAUGGUAUUAUAAACUAGAGUUUGCAUUGCAUGUACCUUCAAACUGUAUAUGAUAGUUGAUCUGGAAAGGAAACGCCUGCUUAAGGUUAGAUUGAGACAAAACCACACCAACGCUCUAUAAUUUAUUCGUUUAUCAACUAAGUUAUUUUUUUAUAAGUCGUGAUAUACUUUCGCAUUCAAUAUGGAGUCUUUAAAGAUUUUAAUGUAUUUUGUGAUUAUAACAAUAGCAAAAAUAAUAUCCGCAUCUCCAGAUAGUGCUGGUAUUGUUGAAAUGGUAAAUGGAUUAGCAUACGGAGGUAUUCCGUAUGGCAGUGUAUCUGGAAAGGUUGGAAUAAAUUAUCAAUCGCCUGAUUCUGGAUUCUAUUUUCGUCAAGAUAACACAAUUCAAUCACAAUCUCAACUUCGAGUACCAUCUCCUAUUGUUAUAUCGCCUAAUUUUCGAGCUGCUGGUGUAGAAGCUCGAAAAUAUGGUCCCGUUCAAAUUUAUAAACUACCUGGAGUCGUUGCUCCUGGAGUUCUUGGAACAAAGUAUUAACAACGUUCUUUCGUGCGUGAAAAUUUUCCACGUCAAGUGUCAUUAGCCUGAAUUGUUGAGAUUGUAGUAAAUACAGUUGAGAAUCAAGAAAAGUAUAUAAAUGAUCGAAACAAAGGAGUAAACCCUUUAGUUUACA